AAAAAUAGCCAUAGAGGCACCCCAACUUAAAGAGACGACAGCGACACUGAGACCUGGCAGUCUUCCAACCACCAAUCGGAAUUGGAUUCAGCCCAAAUGUCUGUGAGUUUCUUAGCCAAUUGGAGCAUUAGGGGCGGGUCUAAGAGAAGCACACACGGUGCCCACUCACAGGGAAGGAAAAGGAGGUUGCAUUAUGUCAUCAGACAGAGCUAAAGCGUCCGUCUUUGGUAAAGGGAUCGCUUUCGACCCCUGCCAGUUGCAAGACCCAUGGGAAAACAGAGAAAAGAAGAUCAGUGAGAAGGCACAGCCACAAAAGAGAGUUUUGAAUGGACGUAUUAAAGAGGCCAAAAAAAAUGCAUCAACAUCAUUGACAAAAAUUGGGAAGGUCAGAAGGAUGGUAUAUUGCCCUUUACUGAAAAGAUUUAGGCUUGAACCUCCACUAGACGCACCUCCGCCACCACCUCCACCACCCCCGCCACCCAAAAAAACACCUCAACGGGUGACUCCCAAGCCAGUGGUGAAGAAGCCCGCCCCACCCGAAGUACCACCUCCAUUGCCCAAAGUAAUUCUAUCUUACAAAGAUGUUCUAAGACGGUCUGAGUUAAAAUGGUGGAGGGGUGUUAGGGAUAGAGAACUACCGAUUGGUCCAGGUGAAUGGUCCAAGCCCUUUAAAUGUCGACCACUGCUGCUCAGUCAAACUCUUUACAACCAAACUAUUUGCUGGCAGCAGGGAUGGUCAAAUUUAAGCCGGGAACCAAGUAAUAAACCUUUGAAAAUUAAAUAUUGGCCUGACAAAGUAAACCGUAAAAAGUGGAGGGAUUCGUGGAAGAUGUCUAAGCCAUUAUCAAAACAGUGCACAGACAACAAGAGGAUUGCAGAAAAAUUAAGAGAGUGGCAGAAUCGCUUGGCAAUGAGAAGAAAUAGUUCUACUAAGGCAGCAGAAAAGAUAUUGAAAGGCAGUGAAAUGUCUGAAAUGGCAACUCCUCUUAAGUUAGUUAAGCCUGAGUCACCCAAAUCCCCAACACUAGUCAAGAAACAUGAAUCACGUCUUCUGUCAAUGAUGGAGAGGAAUGAUCCAGAGGAAAAUAAACCCAUCAAAAACAGGAGUGUACAUUCUCCAAUCCUACAACCAGAGAAGGUCAGCACACCCAAAAACACACAGCCUUUAUCCCCACAACCAGGAGAGAAUAAGCCUAUCACAACAAUUAAUGCACAGCCUCUAUCCCCACAACCAGGGGAAAAUAGGCCUGGCACAAUGAUAAAUGUACAGCCUCUUUCCACAAAAUCAGAGGAGUACAGGCCCAUCACACCCAUAAGUACACAGCCUCUAUUUCCCCAACCAGAGGAGAAUAGCCCCACCACUCCAAUAAGUACACAGCCUCUAUUUCCCCAACCAGAGGAGAAUAGCCCCACCACACCCGUAAGUACACAGCCUCUAUUUCCCCAACCAGAGGAGAAUAGCCCCACCACACCCAUAAGUACACAGCCUCUAUUUCCCCAACCAGAGGAGAAUAGCCCCAUCACACCCGUAAGUACACAGCCUCUAUUUCCCCAACCAGAGGAGAAUAGCCCCAUCACACCCAUAAGUACACAGCCUCUAUUUCCCCAACCAGAAGAGAAUAGCCCCAUCACACCCAUAAGUACACAGCCUCUAUUUCCCCAACCAGAGGAGAAUAGCACCAUCACACCCGUAAGUACACAGGCUCUAUUUCCCAAACCAGAGGAGAAUAGCCCCAUCACAUCCAUAAGUACACAGCCUCUAUUUCCCCAAACAGAGGAGAAUAGCCCCAUCACACUCAUAAGUACACAGCCUCUAUUUCCCCAACCAGAGGAGAAGAAGCUGCAUACCAGGAUACUGUCACCUCCUCAGGAUGACACAGUAAAUAUUCCAUUGUGUAAGAAAGUUUGGAGACCAGCCGAGCCGUCAUUCAAAUGCCAAACAGAGAACCAGAUGAUAAGAAAAGAAACAGGAAAGAAAAGGAUGGAUGAUUACAAUCCUGGUUCCAGAAACAUUGUAGUCAGCUUACACAAUGGGGCUGAAACUGAUGCAGCACCUUUGGAGGCCAGGUUUAAUGAUCAGGGCAAGGUGGUACUUUCAGCCAGACAAUGCUACAAGAAUCAAGAACCACCCAAGAAUUUGCUGCUUGAUUCCCAAAAAAAAACUUCAGUUUUGUCAGACGUACUUGAUCUGGAUGAAUGGUCAGAAUCCUGGAGGACUCAGCCAGUAUUGUUGAACAUUAACAAGCAAUCUUUUCUGGAGACUUGGGAGAAUAAAUGGCCUGAAUUCAUGGAUGAACCAAGUGAUAAACUGCUAAAUGCUAAGACUUUGGAUGACGAUGUCAAUCUUGUAGAAUGGGAGGAUGCUUGGAAGACCCCAAAACGGGUCACAGAGGACUUCACGAUGACAGAAACUGCAAAGUCCAACAGCUUGCCAGGUUGGAGAGAAGCUAGGAGGCUCUCAGAUGAAAAUGUUUCAAACAAUCCCCCGGCUUUGAAGGACUGGCGUGAGUCAUGGAGUUUCUGCCAAGAACACCGCUGGUGGAAGGUUUCCAUGGACUCUCAUAUGUCAAAACAACUUUUUUACCAUCUGAGGAAAAAGGGCGGAGGGCUGUUUUUGUUUUGUUUUUUGUUGUUGUUUGUUUGUUUUCUUGGAUACAAUACAGAAUGGCGACCAUAAAAAACAAUUAUGACAGAAUAUUGUGACAAAGCAGGACAUGACAAACUUGCAAAAAGUAUAGAACAAUAAGUCAACAAAAACCUACAUGUUUUGAAUAUGACAUAAACAAAUGACAAACAAAACAGUAAUUUCAUGUAAUUUUUUAAACCAAAUUUAACGAAAACGGUUUACAGCAUGUUACAGGAAGUGUAAGAAAGGAAAGUAAAGUAAAGAAAGGAAUGUAAAGAAUAAGAAAGCAAAUUCACAGAAAUGAAAGAAAAAGAAGUGUAAGAAUAGCAAAGAACUAAAAAGAACCACAGAGGGAAGAAGGUCUGGGAAAAAGGGAACAUCUUUUGGUAGGAACAUUAUUAAGUUAUUUAUGCAGAUGGGAUUAGGUUGGAGAGGAUUGUGGACUAGGUGGCCCUUGUAAUGUCUUUGCCAGCAGAUCAAAAUGAUUAUGAUCUUUGUUCUAUCAGUAGCUGUUUGGAUGAGACAACCCCCAAAUUGUCCUUAGGGCUGGACUGUCCGAGAUGAGCUGAAGCUACUAUCCUGCAAGUCUCCAGCAAUCCAAACUACCAAGAACCAUCCUUUUCAGAUAUGUAGUGCUUCUUUUUAGAAUAUGUGUGUCACAUUUGAUUAUUUACAAAAAAGGAUGUAAAGGGUAAAGCUGCUGUUAUUGAGAUAGUUAUGGUAUGCCACUUAAUGUUCCAGUUGGAACUUGUAAGCUUGUUCAAUUGGCUAACUGAUCAUCAAGUGCGCAUAUCUCCACAUUUCCUAUUUCUGACUAGCAGAUGGAAGUGUGUAGUUACAUUAAAUGUGAAUGGCUCCUAUUAGUCUGUCUGAACUGAUUCUUUGUGUUCUGUCUUAAUUGAUUGCAGGUGUGACCUCGGAGCAUGCACCUCCUCCUGUUAUCUUAAAAUGGCUGCAUUUCCCGCAAGCCAGGAAGAGGGAACGAGAACUGCUGCUAUCUCCAAGUCCUCAGACUAGAGCAUAACUUUUGACCAAUGUCCUAGUCGCAAUUGUUGUACAUAGUCUGUGUCUUUGUGCUAAUGUGUUAAUUGUACAAGUCAUCUGAUAUGUGUCUCUGUGGACUUGGAGAAAGCCAGCAAAGGUAAUUUAUUGUUUUUUGUUUGUGGACAUUUCUUGCAUGUAGCACUUUAACAUUUUCCAGAAGUUUCUGAAAGAGAACCCAGUAGGUGUUGUGUUUUGCAUUUAAAACAGUUUGAAGUGUAUGCACUAUAAUUGCUAUGCUUUGAUAUGCUUGUAAUAGCAUUAAUCAAAUGUAAACACUGAAAUCUUGAGUGCCCUGUUUUUAGCAAAAAAGCACAAAACUUAAUGCUGUUUGAAGUUUACUGUUUUUUUUUUUAAUAAUCUAUAGACAUUUUAAAUAAUCUAUAAAGAAAGUUAUUCCUGCUCACGAUAGCUUGGAAUCCCUCCAUCCCCCCAUGAACCUUGAUUACUCCUUUAAGCCACAGGGACACUAGGGGAUCAAUAUCAUAGUGUAUCAAAAAAGAAGGAACCAUUGCCUGAUUUGAGGAAAUCUAUAACAUUUCCUAAAAAUGACCAUAUAUGUCCACAUAUCUGAAAGCCAACCAUUUAAAAAAAUUUAUAAUAAUAAUUAAUGACCCCAGAGCUCUCACCCUCAAUCAGGACUUUUUGUAAAAUAAUACUUGCAAUAAAAAUAAUAAAUAAAUUAAUAAUUUCUUAUGGCACUUGCUUGAGAAAGGGAACUUCCCUCCCUAUUGUUUGACAACGCGCAAACACUACAUCCCUACCAGAGCUCAUCAUAUUUAAACUUCUGGUCUUUUGGCCAUACCACCCCUAUAGGAAGAAUGCACCUACUCAAUCCACUCAAAGCCCUUCUCAAUCCUGUUACCCCAGUAGUGGAACCAACUUCCCAUUUAGGCUAGGAUAGAAAGGUCCCUUCCCAAUUUCUAAAUUUUCUAAUACUCUACCUUUAUAAAGCCUGAAAUCUAAAAUAACUCUUCCUUUUAUGAACUAAUGCUUGCUAUUGUUUUCUUUCUUCUAGCACUUUAUUGAUAGCUUCUUACAAUGUGCUUACUAUUACUGGGUUGUAGCACUUAGAUUUCUUAAUAUGAAUGCACCAAAUGUAAACUGCUCUGCAUCAAACAAAUUACUAAACUGUUAAAAUCUCUGAUAGGUGUUUCAACAUGUGUCCCACAUAAAGUGUACAGUAGCUCUAAAAAGUAGUCACCGCCUUGGACUUUUCUCAAUUUUUCUUUAUUGUGUUACAACAUGAAAUAAAAGUGUAAGAACUCCUAGAGACAGGUGUAUUUAACCUGAAAUCAUGUGAAACACACUGACUGCGCACUGGUGGAUUCCAUUCAAGUAAUUAUGGAGUUAUUAUAUAUACACACACAAUCCUCAACUGGACAAAUCUAUAACCUUUUCCCACAUACACACACAACCCUCAACUGGACUAAAUCUUGCACCUUACAUAUACUUUUCAGUAAUUAUUUUGUAAUUUAUUAAUGCAUAGUCUAUAAUUUCUAAGCCUAGUCUACUACUUUUCACUCCACUGUUCUUAUUUGUUUUAUUUCCCUUAUUCCUUUUGUAUAAAUUGUUGCACCAAUGGCCAGAACAAAUUCCAUGUUUAUUGUGAAACUUGGCAAUAAAAUUAGUUUCCUGAUUCUAUAUGACUUGAGACAAUUGGUAGCACCACAGCUUUUUCAGGUAUGUCAUAACAAACUGGGUGAAUACUUCUACAAUUAAUUAUUUUCUGUUAUUUGUUUCACUUUCACAUUAUAGGCUUUUUGCGUCGAUCAGUA